UCUCAACACUGUCUUGUCUGACGUCUGUGAAAACAAACGAUCCAUUUUUCAUGGGAAAUGUAAUGAAACAGUGUUUCUACUUCUCUGUUUCAUCUUUAUAAUGACAAACAUUUCUUUGUACCAAACAUCCAAUCUCUCUGUUUCUUCAUUUCUCUACUCUCUUUUCUCCUCUUAAGGUUUCAUUUAUGGCUCCAAACUCAGUAGCAGUGACAAUGGAGAAGCCAGACAACUUCUCCUUACUAGAGAUCAAUGGCUCAGAUCAAUCCUCACUCCUUGACAACAAACGAAAAUCCAUCAGCCCAAAACAAUUAUCAUGGUUCAUCCUCCUCAAAGCUCACAGAGUUGUCUCUUGUCUCUCAUGGCUCUUCUCUUCAGUCAGAAAGCGAAUCGCUUUCUCAUCCAAAAACAUAAACGAAGAAGAAGAUCCCAGAAGCAGAGGAAAACAAAUGUACAGAUUCAUCAAAUCCUGUCUUGUUAUCUCCAUAGUUGCCUUGUCCAUAGAAAUCGUCGCGCACUACAAGAAAUGGAAUCUUGAUCUUAUGAGCCGACCGUCUUGGGAAGUUCGUGGGCUUGUGGAGUGGUCUUACAUGUCUUGGCUCUCGUUUCGAUCAGAUUACAUCGCUCCCAUUGUCAUUACACUCUCCAAGUUCUGCACUGUCCUCUUCUUGAUCCAGUCUCUUGAUCGGUUAGUCCUCUGUCUUGGCUGCUUCUGGAUCAAGUUUAAAAAGAUCGAACCUAGACUCAAAGACGAUGAGAUAGAUUUGGAAGACGCAUCUAACUUCCCAAUGGUCCUCAUUCAGAUCCCAAUGUGCAAUGAACGAGAGGUGUAUGAACAAUCGAUUGGAGCAGCUUCACAGCUUGAUUGGCCAAAGGAUAGGAUCUUGAUUCAAGUUCUUGACGACUCAGAUGAUCCAAACCUACAGCUUUUGAUCAAGGAAGAAGUAUCCGUUUGGGCCGAGAAAGGCGUAAACAUAAUCUACAGACAUAGACUGAUCAGAACUGGUUACAAAGCUGGGAAUCUAAAGUCAGCAAUGACAUGUGAUUACGUUAAAGAUUACGAGUUCGUUACCAUUUUCGACGCAGAUUUUACACCAAACCCUGAUUUCCUCAAGAAGACUAUUCCUCAUUUCAAGGGUAAUCCAGAGCUAGGACUAGUCCAAGCAAGGUGGUCAUUCGUGAACAAAGACGAGAAUCUCCUAACGAGGCUACAAAACAUAAACCUAUGUUUCCACUUCGAAGUAGAACAGCAAGUGAACGGAGUGUUUCUCAACUUCUUCGGUUUCAAUGGAACCGCAGGAGUCUGGAGGAUCAAGGCAUUGGAAGAAUCCGGCGGGUGGCUCGAGAGAACGACAGUCGAAGACAUGGAUAUCGCGGUCAGAGCACAUCUCAAUGGAUGGAAAUUCAUUUACCUCAAUGAUGUUGAAGUCACUUGUGAGUUGCCUGAGUCUUAUGAAGCUUACAAGAAGCAGCAACAUCGUUGGCAUUCCGGUCCUAUGCAACUUUUCCGGUUAUGCCUUCCUUCAAUCAUCAAAUCAAAGGUAGCUAAUACUAAAAUUCAAUUUCUAUAACACAUCUAUAAGUUAAAUGUUCUCAGCUGGAAGAAUACGAUAAGCAAAGCCUAGAGUUCAUAGUGACGGUCAAGAUGAAACUAAUAUUCUUUCCGUUUCUAAAUUAGUGUCACUUUGACAUUUUAACACAGAUUAAGAAAGUGACGGAAAUAUACGUAAGUUGUUAUUAAUUAUAUAUUUGAGAUAAAUAAAAUUAUUUAUAAAAUCAAUGCAAUUUACAAUUAAUUUUCAGUUGAAGACAAAUACUCCCUCUGUUUUUCAAAGAUACAUAUUCUAGUCUUUUCA